AAAUUAAACACUACUUAAUGCCUGUUAACCAAUCAAAACACAUAAUGAAUCUCUAUAUCAACGUAUAGUGCUUUGGUUGACCGCAAACAUCAAUGUCUGGCCGAUUGGUGUCCGCAAAGACAUCAAAGACCGCAAAGAGAGUCACCGCCGCCGACGACAGCCAAUCGUUGACUUACGAGUCGAUCUUCGAGUCGUUUGCCGACCAAAAGUCAUUCAAAUGCCAUUACGACGGAUGCGGCAAAAGUAUGUCCACUCAAAGCCGAUUGGAUUCGCAUAUAAGCCGCAGACACGCCAUCGAUGGCAGCGCACAGUCCGGGCAAACGAUUGGCAACUCUUCAUCCGAUAGCAGGCGGACAGCGACGACGCCUGAAGAUAGCCAUCAGCUGCGACCACAACGCCGCUCAAUCACCGCUACACCAGUGCUUCCAGUACAUGUGACUACUUCUAGAUCUGAUUACAAGUGA